AUCGCGAUGUGUUACAGAACGAUUCAAACGCCUCCGUAAGAUGCAGCGGGAAUUAAAAGAAACCGAUAUACGACCUAAGAAAAUGAAUGGAAUUAAUGUAUCUGUUAGACGAAACUAAGACGAAACAUAAUAAAUAAAAAAGUGGAAGUCGGGGAGAAAACGGUUCGUUAGGUUAGCGUGACGUCGGCGGGGAGCUACCGUUAACUUCCUGGGUUUGUAAACAAACCAUCCGCAGGUUUGUAAAAAUUGAUAAGAAAGAAGAAUUAUAGCGAUAUUAAAUCUUAAAACAUUAGUGUGUAGGUGUUCUGUGAUGGAAAGCGCCCCGGCUGGCGCUGCGUCAUCACUCAGUACCAUAAACAAUAACAACAGAGUGAGUGACUUUCCUGCCCCAGAAACGACUUUAGAACAACUAUUCUCCUCUCGGUCUCUGAAAGUCACGGUGGACGACGGGGUGCCCGUGGCCGUUAUCUCCGUCCAGAGGUAUCUAUCGGAAAAGGUUUUCUGCAAUGAUCAGCCCCACGAUCCACAUGACAGCUACACCUACGACGUGACGGUGACGGACGGCGUGUGGAGGACCAGAGGCGUCCUCCACCGCAGUCUGAACCGGCUGGUCCACUGCAACACCCUACGCCCCGGAGUGCAGAUCCGCAUCACCGGCUGCUCCUUCGUGUACAACGAGCAGCGGCUGGGCCAGGGCCACAUCUGCAUCGAGAAGGUCCAAUGCGAUGCAGGGGCGAGGAGCAGUCCGUUUCUGGACGGCCUCAAGGACCUGGGUUGUCUGUCGGUGCUGACCAAGCAUGGCAUGGAGAACGUCGGGGUGCGAGAUGACUUUCCUCUCAAGACGAGCAGCAAACAUUAUCUCCCUCUCUGGAACAACGAAGACCCAGAAGGAGAGCAGUGGCUUCCCCCGCGCACCACGCCUGACCUGGUUCUGGACGUGUCUAGCGUCACGUUGCUGUGCGACCUGGAGUCGUCGCUGGGCUACGCGCGCGGAGGCCCGCCCCUCCUGGUCAGGGUCAUCCAUAAGUCCAGGCUGCGGUACUACGGGAAGUGUGACAUCGUCGACGCGAAGAAGAAGGCGGAUUACCCCUACCACGCAGUGCUCCCCCCUUGUGUCCAGGCGUACCUGGAGGUGGCGGACCAGAGCGGGGCCAUGUCGCUGGUGCUGUGGAGCGAGCUGUGUCUGGACUGGUACCACAGCCUCCACGUGGGAGCCGUCCUCUACAUCCACAAGUACACCGUCAAGGACAGCUACGCCAACAGGUCCCGCCCCCAGAUGGAGCACCACUGCCUCAGGGUGUUCAGGUCAAAAGAGAUCUCCCUGAACCGCCGCAGCACGGCCCCGGUUCUCUCCGUGGUUCCUCAGAAGAACCUCCCGGUCCAGUGGGGGCUGCCGGACGUGGCCUACAGGUUCACCUGCAGGUCAGAGUUGGAGAACCUGGCCCCCAACACGGCCUGUGAUGUCAUCGGUCUGGUGACGUUCGUCGGCCGCGUCCAACGAAUCAGAUGCCAGGGUGACAAGGGGCCCGAGAAGUUCUGGACGUACCGCUGGGUCCACGCGCUCGACGGCUCCUCUCAGCGGCCGUUCAUCCUGGAGAUCUUCUCCUGCUCCCAGCCCGACGUCUUCCACGCCAUCUGCCCCAUGACCUACCUGGUGUGCACCCAGAUGAGGGUGUGUCCGGGGGCGUCGGCUCCCUUCCUCACCUCCAGCUGUGAGACGCAAAUCUUCAUCACAGGCCACCACCGAGGACAGCCGUACGUGUCUGACCCCCGGGUGAAGGAGUUCAUCAGGUGGACCAAGACCCUGAAGGACGGAGCGGUUCUGGACAAGACCCUGGUGGGGGGCCACUACUGCUACCCCCCGGCCCCGCCCGUCUUCACACAGCCCCUGCACAACGGCUCCGUUCCAGUGGUGCUGGUGGCGGCGAGCGACCUGAAGGGGGCGCUAGAGUCCCUCCGCUACCGGGAGCACAAGCGGCUGGCCGUCCAGGGGCUCAUCACGGCCGUCCGAUAUGUCCGGCUGCACCCCGACCCUUCGGAGCCGAACCCCGACCCCUCGGAGCCCAGCGGGGGAGAGGGAUCAGGUGAGGCUUCAGCGGGAACUUCAAGAGCUUCAACAGCGACAUCUGCAUCAGAACAUCGCGAUGUUGGACACACGAAGAACGGGACUGGAGGUGGAACAGCGCCCUCUGGUGUCGCGUCCCCGUCGAUCACAAGGAGGACUACUCCUAAAAAGAGAAGUUUCCAUCGCUUCUACUUGACUCGAGCCAAGAUGAGAACAAAAAGGCUAGCAGGGGGGCCCGUCAGCCCGGACACCCCAGAGGUCAGCAGCUCAGGGUCUGACUCGGACCUCCUGGACGCGGGGAGCACCCUCCAGGAAGGAUCGGUGGAACCCCCCCUCCCUGACCCCGCAGCAGAGCAGAGCCCGCCGCUCCGCUGGGAGAGCCGUGAUUGGUCGAGGCAGCGCGGGGAGGUGUCGACCCACCUGUGUGGGGAGGGGCUUCAGCCGGACACCCUGGCCCGCCGGUUCUCCCUAGAGGAGAGGAGCGCCCUGCUGGCCUGGAGCGGACUCCCCUCCUCCCACUGGACCCCCCCGGACCCCCAGCCCGGCCGGACUGCCCCCCCGGGGGCUGGGGCCCCGGGGGCCGGGGUCCCGGGGGGGCGGCCCCCGGGGUACUACCAUACCACCAUACUAGGCAUCAACCAGCAGGUGGCGCUGGACGCAGCGUUCUGCCCGGUGGUGUCGUCAGCAGACCCCCGGGCCGAGGGGCUCCCGCUGGACCCCCACGGGAACUCCCUGCUCUCCCUCCUCUCCGCCGGCUUCCUGUGCCCUCUGGGUGACCCCGUGACCCCCGACCUCCCCUCCCCAGAGGAGGUCCUCCAGACGGCCGGGGAGCUGGAGGGGGCCCACCUGCUGUGCGUCCUGGACCUCUGCCACCUGGGGGGCGACCGGGUGGAGGUGCUGCUCAGCAAGGUGUACCGGGUCACCUAGGGGACCGUUGCCUAGGGAACCACCCGCCCGGGGACCCCCGGCCCCCCGUCACCGGGCCCUCGUUGGUCAUUAGGAGGUUAACGUGUUGAUUUAACAUUAAAACGUUUUUUAACUAAA